AUGGCGGCUUUUCACAGGCAUUGCGGGCGGAGCUUCCACUCGAGCGCGCUCCUGGAGGCCGCGUCGGCCAAGGUUUUGCGAAAGCCCGGAAAGCUCGCGAAAAAGACCCCGCACAACAAGAGCAACAAGGAAUUCGACCCGGAGGCGGCCUCCAAGCGAUUGCUCCGGCUGCUGGAGCUCAAGGAAAGCUUGCGGAUCGAGGUGGAGGGGCUCAACAAUCUGCUAAAGCUGCCCAAGGGCGGCGCCACGGAGAUUGCUGGGCUUAUGUGCCGCGAGGAGAUGGAGCAGUGGUACGCGCGCAAGCGAUCGGAGGAGCUUGCCAGCCUCAAGAACAUCAUCGCUGAUGCGCUGCGCGAGGACGAGAGGAGCAUCGCCAGCGCGGUGAAUCGCUGCGAGGCCAAAUUGGACGCAUUGAUCGGCAAGAAGGACGAUCGACUGUUGAGAAAACUGUCGAGGUUCUGGGUUCUCUCACCUGGGGUUUUUGCAUCCUGGGAGAUAUUAGGGUUUGUGGCGAGGAUGGAGAUCGCCUAG